AUGGCGGAAGCAGACGCCGAGGCUGGGGGCCUCCAAAGGACUCUCAAAGAUCUCGUCGCAGGCGCUGCGGGUGGGAUAGCCCAAGUCUUGCUCGGUCAGCCAUUCGAUAUUGUCAAGGUCCGGCUCCAAACGACAUCACAAUACUCCGGCGCUUUGGACGGUGCUACACAGAUCUUCAAGAAUGAGGGACCACUUGCUUUUUACAAGGGUACACUGACUCCAUUGGUUGGUAUCGGUGCGUGUGUGUCAAUACAAUUUGGCGGCUUUCAUUACGCUAGACGACAGUUCGAAGCACGAAACGCUUCUAUCCAUCCAACCAAUCCAACUUUGUCCUACUCUCAGUACUAUGCUUCGGGCGCCUUCGCCGGCAUCACUAACUCCGUCAUCUCGGGUCCCAUCGAACAUGUUCGUAUACGGCUGCAAACCCAGCCGCAUGGUCACAAUCGCUUGUACUCCGGUCCCAUUGACUGCGUCCGGAAACUCUCCGCUCACGAAGGCGUACUUUCCGGUCUCUACCGCGGUGAGGCCGUGACCAUUCUUCGAGAAGCUCAAGCGUAUGGCGUCUGGUUUUUGUCGUAUGAAUAUCUAAUGAAUGCGGAUGCCAAGCGGAAUCUCGUGAAAAGAAACGAGAUCCCGCAAUGGAAAGUAGCAUUCUAUGGAGGGCUUGCGGGUGAGAUGCUUUGGUUGAGUAGCUAUCCGUUUGAUGUUGUGAAGAGUAAGAUGCAGAGUGACGGUUUUGGACCCAAUAAGAAGUUUGCGAGCAUGAGGGAUUGCUUUGGGCAGACGUGGAGGAGCGAGGGAUUGAGGGGGUUCUGGAAAGGUAUCGGACCGACCUUAUUGAGAGCUAUGCCCGUCAGUGCUGGGACUUUUGUCGUGUAUGUAUGCUCCUAUCUAGUUGUGAAGCGAUAG